AUGAGAGUAGGUUCUGCCAGCAACCUGGCUGGUGGAACACCACCCCCUCCUGACACAGAGUUCCCCUAUUUCCUUGUGUACAGAUGGAAAUUCUGGCGUUUGGGGAUCUACAAGGCGCUUGCCCCGCUGCAGACUGCCUGGAAAGCCUUCUCGCGGCCCCUCCCAACCAGCUGCAGCGAACUUCUGACACAGCUGCUCCUGUGUGCUUCCCUGGCCAGCGUCAUCGCAGGCCUGCUUCAUCACUGGCUGGUCUCUUCACAGCUUUAUCCUCAGGGACCCCCUGCCCUGGUGACCACUGUCUGUGGGCUCCUGGUCUUCCUGAACCUGAGCCUGGUGCCCCCCAUCCGCUGCCUGUUUGCACUCAGUGUGCCUACCCUGGGCUCCGAGCAGGGCCGCCAGUUACUCCUGUCCUACAGUGUAGCCAACCUGGCUGUUGCCGUGGUGCCCAAUGUCUUAGCCAACCUGGGUGCAGCCGUACAAGUGCUGAGCUGUGUUACUGAGGGCUCGUUGGAGAGUCUGCUUAAUACCACUUACCAGCUGGGCCUGGCAUCCCAGGCGCUGGGCCCAGCAAGCCAAGCAGGCAGUCGGAGCCUGGCGUUUGAGGCACAGGGCAACAGCUCAGCCUUCCGCCUUCACAUGCAUAUGGCCGCUCAGCAGAUCCAGGAGGACUUCUCCGGCCUGGAAUUCCUGACCCAGGCAGCACUGGGGACUCAGCGGGUGGUCACCGGGCUGUUUAUGCUGGGCCUCCUAGGCGAGUCCGCCUGGUACCUUCACCGCUACCUCACUGACCUGCGCUUCGAUAAUAUCUAUGCCACCCGGCAGCUGGUUCAGCAGCUGGCCCAGGCUGGUGCCACACAUCUGCUGGCCUCUCCACCUCCCUGGCUGCUCCACGCAGCCCAGCCAAAGCUGUCGCAUGAGGAAUUGCUGAGCUGUCUUCUCAGGCUGGGGCUACUGGCACUGCUCCUAGUCGCUACAGCUGUGACAGCGGCCACAGACUAUGGGGCCUUCCUCUUGGCGCAGGCAGCUGUGACCUGGGCUCAGAAGUUGCCCACCAUCCCCGUAACUCUCACGGUCAAGUAUGACGCCUCAUAUAAACUCCUAGGUUUCAUCUUCUUCAUCCUCAACCAGCCUCCCGUGGAGAGCAAGUUUGCCUCAGCACAGCACUCCUUCCAGUGGGAGCUAUACUCCAUACCCCACGACUGCCACCUACCUCAGGCUCAACCGCCCCGAGUCAGGGCCGCACUGACCGCAGGUGCCCUGCAGCUGUUAGCAGGUGCCACCUUAUUGCUGCAGGCCUAUGCUUGGCGCCUGAGGCAUGCCAUCGCUGCCUCCUUCUUUCCUGUCCAGGAAGCCAGGAGAGUUAGCCACUUGCAGGGCCGGCUCCAGAGGAGACAAGAUCGGAGUGACCACCUAGACAAACAGGCCUGCGCCACGGGCACCUGGAGACCCAGGGAGCCCAAGCAGGGGACGAGAGCUCCAGAGUCACAGGGGCUUAAGUUGCUUGACUCCUCUUUGGUCUCCAUUUGA